CACCCCAAGGCCGACAUGUCGGUGAACCGCUGCGUUUAUUUCAUUUCUCGGCUUCAGCGUCACUUUAACUCCCGGACUGCUCGCAUCACCACCAGCAGCUGUCAUGUGUCCUCUGGGUCUAGUUUGUUACAGGGACAGCAUCGACCCAGUACAGUGGUCUGGAAGAGGGAUGUUUUGUCUAACAGCUCCUCUCCGAAACCUCCGGACACCUCGUUCUUUGUCCCCGUCUCCCUGAAGGCAGACACCUCGGCAGACGGCGGUGUGGGAAUAGAGCUCACCCAGCCGCUGGAUAAAAAUGAGCUGCUGAAGGUUCUGAAUCGGUUUUACAAACGGAAAGAGAUGCAGAAGCUGGCAGCGGACUCGGGUUUGGAUGCUCGUCUGUUCCACCAGGCCUUCAUCAGCUUCAGGAAGUAUAUCCUAGAGAUGACGUCACUCCCCGCCGACCUGCACAUCAUCCUCAACGACAUCUGCUGUGGAGCAGGUCAUAUAGAUGAUAUCUAUCCAUACUUCAUGCGUCACGCCAAGCAGAUCUUUCCCAUGUUGGACUGUAUGGAUGACCUGAGAAAGAUCUCAGACCUCAGGGUCCCGGCCAACUGGUACCCCGAGGCACGUGCCAUCCAGAGGAAGGUGAUUUUCCACGCUGGGCCAACUAACAGUGGUAAAACCUACCAUGCCAUCCAACGCUACCUGGCUGCUAAGUCUGGUGUGUACUGUGGCCCCUUGAAGCUGCUGGCCCACGAGAUCUUUGAGAAGCGCAACGAUGCUGGUGUACCAUGUGACCUGGUUACUGGAGAGGACUUUGUAGACCCAGAGGGUCGAGCAGCUGGUCAUGUGGCCUGCACCAUUGAGAUGUGCAGCGUCACUACACCGUAUGAGGUUGCUGUAAUCGACGAAAUUCAAAUGAUCCGAGAUCCUUCCAGAGGAUGGGCAUGGACCAGAGCUCUGCUGGGUCUCUGUGCAGAGGAGAUCCACGUGUGUGGGGAACCUGCUGCCAUAGACUUUAUCAAAGAGCUGAUGUUCACCACUGGAGAGGAGGUGGAGGUUCACAAUUACCAGCGUCUAACUCCUUUCUCAAUACUGGAUCAUGCUGUGGAGUCAUUAGACAACCUGAGACCAGGAGACUGCAUCGUGUGCUUUAGUAAAAAUGACAUCUAUUCAAUCAGCAGGCAGAUCGAGGCCAGAGGGCAAGAAUGUGCUGUAAUCUAUGGGAGCUUACCUCCAGGCACCAAGCUGUCCCAGGCAAAGAAGUUUAAUGACCCUGAUGACCCCUGCAAGAUUCUGGUUGCUACAGAUGCUAUAGGCAUGGGCCUUAACCUGAGUAUAAAACGCAUCAUCUUCAACAGUCUGGUGAAGCCUAAUGUUAAUGAGAAAGGGGAGAAACGGAUGGAGACCAUCAGCACUUCUCAGGCUCUGCAGAUCGCUGGCCGUGCUGGGAGGUUCUCCUCCAAGUUUAAAGAGGGAGAAGUUACAACCAUGCACAGAGACGAUCUCCCCGUCCUCAAAGAAAUACUCAGUCACUCUGUCGAUCCUAUAGAGACUGCAGGACUCCAUCCGACUGCAGAGCAGAUAGAGAUGUUUGCUUACCAUCUGCCCGAUGCAACGCUGUCCAACCUUGUUGACAUAUUUGUCAGCCUCUCUCAGGUGGAUGGUUUGUAUUUUGUCUGCAACAUUGACGACUUUAAGUUUCUGGCGGACAUGAUUCAGCACAUACCGCUUAACCUGAGGUCACGCUACGUCUUCUGCACUGCUCCCAUCAACAAAAAGCAGCCGUUUGUAUGUACCUCCUUCCUUAAGUUUGCCCGUCAAUUCAGUCGAGACGAACCCCUGACGUUUGACUGGGUCUGUCGCCACAUCAGCUGGCCUCUGGCUCCACCCAAAAACAUUAAAGACCUGGUUCACCUGGAAGCUGUCCAUGACGUGUUGGAUCUCUACCUCUGGUUAAGCUACCGUUUUAUGGACAUGUUUCCAGAUACUGCCUCAAUUAGAGAAAUCCAGCGGGAACUUGAUGAUAUCAUCCAGCAGGGUGUGCGAAAUAUCACCCGGCUCAUCAGAGCCUCUGACCCAACAGUCACUGACCCACUGCAGGCGCAGAGCAACAGGCAUAGCCAGACAGGAAGGGGAACUGGUAGCACUAAGUUGACUGGAAGCAGAGGUCAAAGGGGACAGAGAGCCUCAGGACAGAUGAUGGACAGCUCUCUGGCUAGUCGUUUGGUGAGAGACGGGCUGUUGACGCCCGAUUUGCUCCAGCAGCUGCAGAGGGAAUGGUCUAAAGAUCAGAAGCAGGACAACAGCAGUCAGAGGGCACUCGAUCUGGAGCAUCAGAGUAAUAACAAAGGGAAAAGGAAAAAGAAGAAGAAAUGAAGAAGAAAUGAAGAACCUGUUCAUUUUGCUUCAGUGAAACACCUUGUUCCUGUGCUACAGAUCUAACCAAAUGUUUGCUUCUAAUCAACAAAUGUACAAACUCACUAAAGCUGGAAAAUGUUUCUAGCUCCAGUUGCUGUGUCUAUGAAGGAUCAAGUGUCUGGUGAGAGAAUGUCCUCUUUGUGACACCAAUAACUGACAGACAUCAUUGUCAAAUGUGCUGUUUCAGCAGCAUUUGUGACACCAGAAGACACUGAAGUUCAUUAAAUGCUUGAAGUUUUCUCAGUCGUCAAACUCUAAUACGUAAUUUCUAUGAA